UCACCGCAGCGUCGCAGUCUCCAGUCCAAUUCUCCCACCCAGGCCGGUAUAUUAAAUCACUUCGCGGACGUCCUCUCACUUCCUAAUUUCUCUCCCGGCCGCGGAAAAAAACCAUGUCCCUCAGCACUCCCCUCCGCCGCACCGCGGCCACCACCUCCCGUGUCCAGACCUCCACCACCUUCAUCUGCUCGCAAUGCCGACAUGCUACUCUCCUUCGUCGUCCUAGACGCCCUUACCAAUUCACCCAGCUGAUUACCCUGACCGACGGCAGCACCUUCACCCACCGUACCUCUUCUCCUCUUCCCGUUUACCGCUCGACUCGUGACACGCGCAACACUCUGCUCUGGAACCCGACUUCAAGCAAGCUCAAGAGCGUCGAGGAUGAUGAGGCUGGUCGAUUGGCGGCUUUCAGAGCUAAGUUCGGUCGCAGCUGGGAUGUGAACACGCCUCUGGAGGACUCUUCGAAGACGACGGACAAGUCGGCACAAAGUAAGGAGGCAGCUGCUGCGGAGGCCGCUGCCGCUGCUGAGGAAGAGGACGACAACCUGCUGGAUUUGAUCAGUUCGUUUGGUCAGGAGGAGCAGGAGGCUUCUCAGAAGAAGAAGAAGGACUGAUUGGUGGGAUUGGAUCGUGCUAGGGUGUAUGUAUGAUGGGUAGUGAGGGCGAUUUAUGGACUAUUUCCCGUUUUUAUUUCGAUGUUGUUGUUAUACGAUACAGAUCUUGUUCGGCUUUAUGUACAGUACAUCAUACCAUUUGAAUGGAGUUUCAGCAUCGGUGGUUCAAGACUUCUCUUUAUCUGAGUGUAGCCAUUGCGGUGUCUAUGAGUUGUUGUGGAUAAACGAGGUUGAA